CAAAAUCAAAUCUUGCGAGUGCUCAGUGCUCCCCAUCUCCAAACACAGGCCCAAAUAUUAUAUUCACGUUCUUCAACUCUCUUUCUGAUCCUCCCCUUCUUCAAAAACCCUAAGUAAGCUCUUGUCUCUCGCUGAUUUAUUUACCCCAAAUUGUUGCAUUCAAAAUGAUCAAAUUCUCAGAAAGGGAAAGUUUUUUCUGCUUGCUUUGAGCUGGACUGAUGUCUGAGGUUUGAGUUUGAAUUUUCUGCUAAGCUGGAGUCAAGCUGAAUCAAGAUGCCGUGGGUUUCUUUGUUUGUGCCUUACAACAGGAAGUGUGUUCGCUUGGUGGUGUUUUUUCGUGUGAUUCUGUAAUUUAUUUAGCUGAGGUGAAGCUCCAUUAGGUGUAGAGAAACUCCUUUUAUUAGUACUCUCUUUUCUUUAACUAUCAAAACUGUUGGGUUGGUUGAGAAUGAACUUUGCGCCAUCGAUCAAAAGAAACCGAGCUGUGAGGGAAGUUGGGCAGAUUACAAUGUGUGUUGGUGCUAUAGCAUACAAUCAGUUGAUGCUAGUUUUCCAGGCUGAGUAUUUCCGUCAGUUACUUAAACCUGUUACGUAGUCUAGUAUUACAUACCAUUGGUUUGGGGUGGGACUGCAUUAUAUUGGAUUCGGUAUUUUCAUCAUUGAAGGCUGAAGAAGAUAUGAAAGUUUUAAUUUGAAGAAAGUUGUUAGAUGGGCUCACUUUAGUACCUAGUAUUUUUAAGUUUUUGCUUUCCUUUUAGAAACUUCCAUCCAGCUUUGGUACAGAAUAAUUGCCAGUUGCAAAGGUCAAACCAAUACCGCUCACUGCCUCACUCACUGCUCAGUGAGAGCGAAAAAGUAUCAUUAUGCAGACUCAUGAAUAUUUUAUCCCAGGAAAGAUGUCACUUCCUGUGGCAGGUGAAUCAGUUGAUAAUUAUACGAACGCCCCACUCACUUCUACCUUUGAUGUAGCCUUGCCUCCAGGUAUGAGGCAGGUGAUGCCCUUUGGAAGAGUUAAAUUGCAGCCGUCUGAGGUCUGCCCAAGGAAUUUCAUUAUCUUUGAUCAAACAAAUCAACAGAGCAGGAUGAUGUUCCAUCCUGCUGUGACAUAUAAGUUUAAUACUCCUGGUUUUGAUUUUCAAGCUUCUUGCCCCCAGGAUUUUGAAAAGGGUAAAGUCAAUCAACUGGAAAGAGAUUUGUCAUCUCCGUUUGAAGAGGAUUCUAAUGACAUUGCUGCAUUGCUGAGCUUGGAAAUGGAUGAUGAACUAGAAGACAGCAUGGAUGAGGAAGAAGUCAGCACAGCAAGGACUCACGACAACUAUGAAAGUACAUCAGAUACUUGUUCGAGUUACUGCUCAAAACCAUCAAAGAAGAGGUUGUCAUCGAGUCUAGAGAAGUCUGCUGGGACUAGGGGUGACCAGAAAAAGCAACAGGAGAUGAAGAGAAUGGUGAAUAUGCUGAGAAGGAUUGUGCCCGGCGGUGGUAACCAAAUGGAUGCAGUUGCUGUUUUAGAUGAAGCUGUUAAGUAUCUCAAAUCUCUUAAGGUUGAAGUGGAGCAAUUUGGAGUUGGACCCUGAACAUGAAAUUCUGGCAAAAUUUAAACUUUCCGCAAUAUAUCGGUUGGCCUUUCCAUUCUCGCAACCUUCCUAAUUCCCGCUCAUUGGAAUGGUCUUGCAAAGUAAUAAAUUUCACUGGCAGUGUGUAAGAAAUUACUGUCUGAACUGUACUUAAAUUAUGUUUGGCAGUGAUGUUGGUUUAUUUCCGUUUUGAAUAGAUAUUCAGGUUGUCAGACAUUUUAUUAUGCUGUUUAAUGUACUGUAAAUUUUACUUUAUGUGAUUGAGCUCUGGUUUCCUUUA